AUGAGCAUGCAGGUUUUGCCGACGGCACCAUCCCCCACUGUGACGCACUUUAUGAACCUGGACGCACUCAUCUCCCCUCCGUCGUUUACGCCGUCGUCCCCUCCCGCCCGCGCAAGCAGGAAACAGCAGAUCUCCACGCUCUCAGCCAAAAAGUCUCAGAGGAAGGGCCACGAGAAACACCAAGACCCCCGCCGCCUUCAGCUACACACCCCAAGCCUCCCAUCCAUAGCCCCACAUUCCUCGAGCAAGCGCAUUCCGUGA